CACACACACACAUGCAUGGAAGAGGAAAUCUGCCAAUCCCGGCUAAAAAAAACUCCUGACAGAUGACACAUUCUUUGCCUUGGCUCCACGCAACAUCUGCAACUGAGAGUCCGUGCAGUCAUUAAGCCGCUGCAGCUUUAAGGAAGAUGCCCUGAUGGCUGACAGUCAUGAAGCAGGAAACACGGCCAAACAAGGGGAUAAAUGGCCAGAAGAUGUCAUUGAUACUUGUGGGUAUUUACCUCGUGUGUCGUCAUACGCAGGAUGAGUUCAUAACCUCGGCCUGAAUGUAUGGGAGGGGCUCUGCGGUGCUGAGGCUGCUAAUGGAUUACUGGAAAGUUCAUACAUGCAGACUGAGGACGACUGGAAUAUUUGGAUCUGAUCACAUCGGAGGUUUCUUCGGUGCUGCAGCUCGAUUUGUUUUCAAAUUUGAAUUCUUCCUCGAUGAAAGUGAUGUUUUGGUUGAGUCGAAGCUGCAGCAGGACGUCACUCGGAGGAUCCUUUUGUGAUUCAGGCAGAUGAGACCAACAGGAGACUGAAUAUUGAAAUAGAUAAAACUGUUGUCUGGCCUGUUUUCAUCCUCACGGCCUGAAAAUCUGAGUGAAAAGAGAUCCAUUGAAUCAUCAUGGACCACUCCCCCUCUAUGAACCUGUCGGUGGUGAGUGGAAACGAGGUGGAGGACCAGCGACCCCUCCUCCCGCCCAGGAUAGUCCCUCCACCUCAGGCCUGCUCUCCGCAGUGUGGGAUCCACCACACGAUCCAGAUGUCGGCCGAUCACACCGUGUGGCUGGACCGAACCCAGGCCAUGGCCACCACACCUCUGUACAACGGCCACCUGUACGUCACGUCUUCCCCUCGCUCCAAACAGAGAGGAUGCAAAGCUAAAGGCAAAGAGAAGAAAUGUGGGAAAAGAUCAGGGGGGAGCAAACAAACUCUGGGACACAAGGAGAGGAAUCAACAGUGCAAAGCCAAAAACGUAGGUUCAAACAGACUCCAAGAACAAGUCACUUCUUUCACUGACGUCCACGCUUCUCCCUGCCGGUCCCCCUUCAGGGGCCCCUGCAGGUCCCAUUUAGAGAUCACGGAGGUUGAGGGCCGAGGCAGCGUCUGUUUGGAGAUGCACGACCGCCAGAUUCUCCCCGAGAUCAUCAUCACCAGCAAAGAUGACGACCUCCAGCCACAAAACGAGAUGUCCCGGUACCAUCAGGACCUGUCUCACACUAAAGGCAGGCUGCCGGGGGCCGAGUGUCCCAGUCCCAGCUCCAGCUCCGGCUCCAGCACCAGCACCAGUCCUCCGUCCAGCCCAAAGAACAAGGUGGACGGCAAGGACGACCACUACUGGAAGACCCACAGCAUCGGCUGGCGGCUGGUCCGCAGGAGGGCUCUGUUCCUGAGGAGGCAGCAGCUGAGCGACUGCGCCGUGGCGGUGGGGAUAUUCGGGGUAGUGUUGAUGGUGACGGAGACGGAGCUCUCCUGGAGCGUGUACAGCAAGAGCUCCAUUUACUCCCUCGCACUCAAGUCGAUCAUCAGUUUGUCCACGUUGAUCCUGCUCGGCUUCAUCGUGGCGUUCCACUGCUGUGAGGUGCAGCUCUACGUCCACGAUAUUGGCUCGGAGGAUUGGCGCAUUGCCAUGACGACCGACCGCUUGGCUCUGAUCGGCCUGGAGCUGGCGGUGGUGGCCAUACAUCCCUAUCCCGUGGGCCUGCUGUCGUACUUCCAGCAGACCACGUCCCGCAUGUCGCUGUCGGAGACGGAGCUGGAGAUCGUGUUGGCUCUGCCCAUGUUCUUCCGGCUCUACCUGCUGGGACGCGCCAUGAUGCUGCACAGCCGCCUCUUCACCGACACCGCGUCCCGCAGCAUCGGAGCGCUCAACAAGAUUCACUUCAACACCCGAUUCGUGGGGAAAACUCUGAUGACGACGUACCCCGGCACCGUGCUGAUGAUUUUCAGCGUUUCUCUGUGGCUCGUGGCAGCGUGGGGCUUACACGUGUGUGAGAGACACCACAACUACAGAGACCUCAGCAGCAACUACAUGGAGGCGCUGUGGAUGGUCUCCGUCACAUUCCUGUCCAUCGGGUACGGAGACGUGGUUCCUCACACCUACUGUGGACGCAGCAUCUGCCUCCUCACUGGUAUAAUGGGAGCCGGCUGCACGGUGCUGGUGGUGGCGGUGGUUGCCAGGAAGCUGGAGCUGACGCGAGCAGAGAAGCACGUUCACAACUUCAUGAUGGACUCACACAUCUCGAAGAGGCAAAAAAUUGCUGCGGCGAAUGUGCUGAGAGAGACUUGGCUCAUCUACAAACACACCAAGCUGUCCAGAGAAAGAGACAACAGCCGAGUCCGCAUGCACCAGAGGAAGCUGCUUCUGGCCAUCCACCAGCUGCGUCGUGUAAAGAUGGAGAAGAGGACACUUGCAGACCAAAGCAACUCAUUAUUGGACCUCGGCAAGGUGAGAGAGAUGCAGAGCCUGAUGUACGACGUGCUGUCCGAGGUGCAGGGCUGCAGGGGGGAGCUGGACUCGCACAUCCACAGCCUGGAGAAGCACGUGGAGGAGCUGAGGGAGGGCUUUAGGGGCCUGAUGCCGCUCCUGUCCAACACCCUGUCCACGCAGAACUCCUCCAUCCGCCACCUGCUCAGGGAGAGGGAGAUGAAGGCCGAGGCGGCCAGCGUGAGUGGCAGCGACAGGUAGAGAAGAGGCCGAGGGAGGCGGCGCUGAGCUGGAGGCUUCUCAAGGUGUAAGGCAUGUUAAAUUGUUGAAAAAAAACAUAGGUAGACCAUUUUCUGUAGUAAUAUCACAAAAUCUAAAUUUAGACAUUAGUCAUAAAUCACUUUUCAUGAAGGUUUUUUAAAUCACCCCUGGAGUAACUGAAAAACAAGAUGUGCAACCAAACUGAACAUCUGUCAACGUGCAUCUGCUCUGACAGAUCAACCACUUAGGUGUCGAACAUUAUAAUUCAAGGUUCAGUUUCUCGAAUGAGUAAUAUUUUAAAUUGUGGACAUGUUAUCCAACAACUGUUUUUUCUAAGCAAGGACCUCGAAAAGAUGGUAAAUAUUCCAGGGACCCACUCAUGUGUGGAAUGUUUUUUUACACUUAGUUGUCAAAGAAAGAUUAAUAGACAUUAACUUGUUAAAAAGUAUUUUCACCAUGUCAACUCAGAAUACCAGUAUAUCUAUUUAAUGGAUGAAUCUGGAAACUUCAUAGACCCUGGCAAUGCACCACGGUCUUCCUGGGGUCUACAGGUCCCAAUUUGAUGAACUCUUAAGGACAUUGUGAAGGGCUUUGGGGUUUAGUCCAACAGAAAUUGAAUGAAGGUCAGAUUAGUCAUGACUAUAAAUAUUUGUUAAUUAAAGCCCAAAGUAAGAAAAACUCAAAAAGAUUAAAUGGUUUAACUCAAAUCGAUCAGUCUUUUUAACCUGAUUUAAUAAAUAACUUAUGAAAUGAAUAACAGUUUAGUAUUAAAAACAAAAGAUGCACCUCUCGGAGUUAUGUCCUCAAAUCCAGAUUCUACACCUGUUGUACUUUCUAAUAAAGUUGUUAAAAUAC